GGCGUGUGACUGGCUGGCUGGGUCUCGAGACACCGGAGACUCCAAACGAAGCCUGUGUUCUCAACAGCGCUACAGUUGCUGAGCACACAGUCAGGAGAGGUGCGUGACGCGCAGUACAGAGGGAGGAAUAAGAAAUGCUAAAUUCGACUCACGCAGUCAAUGCCUUCAAUCAAUCAAUGAUCUAUAGGAUAUUGACAUUUUCUAACCUCGGGUGAUAUUUUGGACUGACUUUUACCGGUGCCGUGCUGCUCAUUCUAAGCGUAAAUCCCGUAUCCCUCACUUGAUACUAGUGAGAGCAGCGGAUAGCUGGCUGUGUGUACGCUGAGUUGAGUCUCCGGGAAGGAAUUGGCAGCGGGUGCGUGCCUUUGCGCGGAGCAGAGAGGUGCUGAGCUUCAGGGUUGCCCGGACCGGCCCCGGCGUACUACAGGCUACUGAUUGACUGGGGAAAUAAUUGGGAAUUGACUUCCUCUCUCGUCAGCGGUGGAGACCUGUCCUUUCCUGUGGUUGUUUUUGAGGUUAACGCAUUUGGAAGGAGGUGCGGAGAUUUUGACAGAGAAACAGAGAGGGUAUACUGUCAGCCUGCCGAAAACUGCUUCGCUUCGAUAUUUGAUACAUAUGGGGUUGUGAGUGAGUCUACAAGACGCAGCGCCGACGGAUUACCUCUUGCCUGGUCAUCGUUUCCAAGGAGUUGAAACGGGAGUGGUGCUGGUGCCGGGGAUUUUUACUUAUUCUUUGACGCGCUCCGACUACUUGUGUGGAGGAAAUGGCAACGCCAGUGUUUGAGAGAGGACCCCAACUGGAAGAGAGAGGAAACCGGACCUGAAUGACAGGAUACAGCAGCCGACCUGAGACAUAUCCAGACACAUUUCAACUGCUUUAGUCAAGACACUUCUGCUUUAUUUGUUUUCUUUCGGCCCAAGCCUGAACAUAAGGAAGAAUAACAGGCCCUGAAAAACCUUGGGAGGAGUUUUAUUUCGUUUUUCGUUUUUCCUCAUUUUAUUUUGUUUCUAACAAAACAAGGAUGCAUUGUGGAUUAGUGCUGUUCCUCUUAAUGGGAAUCUUCUUCGUCGCUAAGGCUUUCAAAAAUGACAAGUGUGGGGACAACAUCAGAAUAACCAAUGCGAAUUACCUCACAUCGCCUGGGUAUCCGACAUCAUAUUUGCCAUCUCAGAAAUGCGUUUGGGUGAUAACAGCGCCUGGACCUCACCAAAGAAUUCUAAUCAACUUUAACCCGCAUUUCGAUCUCGAGGACAGAGAGUGCAAGUAUGACUAUGUGGAGGUGCGUGAUGGCGUGGAUGAGAAUGGUCAGCUGGUGGGGAAGUACUGUGGGAAGAUCGCCCCGUCACCCGUGGUGUCUUCUGGGAACCAGCUCUACAUCAAGUUUGUGUCCGACUACGAGACCCAUGGAGCAGGCUUCUCCAUCCGCUAUGAGAUCUUCAAAACAGGUCCGGAAUGUUCCAGGAACCUCACGUCAAACAGCGGGGUGAUAAAGUCACCUGGUUUCCCGGAGAAGUAUCCCAACAACCUGGACUGCACCUUCAUGAUCUUCUCCCCCAAGAUGUCCGAGAUCAUCCUGGAGUUCGAGAGCUUCGAGCUGGAGCCUGACACCACUCCUCCCACCGGGGUCUUCUGUCGAUACGAUAGGCUAGAGAUCUGGGACGGCUUCCCUGGAGUUGGUCCGUACAUUGGGCGCUACUGUGGUCAGAACACCCCUGGUCGUAUCAUCUCUUAUACGGGCAUCCUGGCCCUGAAUCACACAGACAGUGCCAUCGCCAAGGAGGGCUUCUCUGCCAACUUCACUGUGUUGGAACGGACCGUGCCAGAAGACUUUGACUGUACAGACCCGUUGGGUAUGGAGUCAGGGGAGAUAGCAUCAGAGCAGAUCGUAGCUUCGUCCCAGUACAACCCUGGCUGGUCCCCGGAGCGAGCCAGACUCAACUACUAUGAGAACGCAUGGACACCAGGAGAGGACAACAACAAGGAGUGGAUACAGGUGGACUUGGGUUUCCUCCGGUUCGUGACGGCCGUCGGAACCCAGGGGGCCGUUUCCCAGGAGACCAAGAAGACCUACUGGGUCAAGUCCUACAAGGUGGACGUCAGCUCUAACGGAGAAGACUGGAUCACACUGAAGGAGGGUUCAAAACAGAAGGUUUUCCAAGGGAACACCAACCCCAUUGAAGUCGCCAGGACGAAGCUUCCCAAACCCACGCUCACCCGCUUCAUCCGGAUCCGGCCCGUCGCCUGGGAAACAGGCAUCGCUCUGCGCUUCGAGGUGUACGGCUGUAAAAUAUCAGAGUAUCCAUGUUCAGGCAUGCUUGGCAUGGUAUCGGGCCUGAUCACGGAUGCCCAGAUCACAGCUUCGUCCCACACGGACCGGAGCUGGGUACCCGAGAACGCCCGCCUGCUGACCAGCCGCUCCGGGUGGACCCUGCUGCCCCAGCCCCAGCCCUUCACCUCAGAGUGGCUACAGGUGGACCUGGGGGAGGAGAAGCUGGUACGAGGGCUCAUCAUCCAGGGAGGGAAACACAGAGAGAACAAAGUGUUCAUGAAGAAGUUCAGACUGGGAUACAGUAACAACGGAUCUGAUUGGAAGAUGGUCCAGGACGCCAGCGGCAACAAGCCAAAGAUUUUCGAGGGGAAUCAGAACUACGAUACACCAGAGCUGAGGACUGUGGAGCCCUUGCUGACCCGAUACAUCAGGGUUUACCCAGAGAGGUCCACCCCUGCUGGGAUGGGCCUGCGUCUCGAGCUCCUGGGCUGUGAGAUGGAAGGUAGGCCGCAAAUGGAAUCCUACACACACACGCAUUUUAAUUCGUUCCUGUGGUUUGCGUGUGACUUUGGCUGGGCCAAUGACCCCUCGUUCUGUGGUUGGACCUCAGAGGACAGCGGCUUCAGAUGGCAGAUACAGUCCAGCGGCACGCCCACGCUCAACACUGGACCCAACAUGGACCACACAGGUGGAUCCGGUAAUUUCAUCUACACACUAGCGACGGGCGCCCAGGAAACGGAGGUUGCUAGGCUGGUCAGUCCGGUGGUGACAGUCGGUCAGUCUGACCUGUGCGUCUCGUUCUGGUACCACAUGUUUGGCUCGCACAUCGGCACGCUACACAUCAAACAGAGGAAGGAGACGGUGGACGGCAUGGCCGACAUACUGCUGUGGACCGUCAGCGGUCACCAGGGCAACCGCUGGAGAGAGGGACGCGUGCUGGUGCCGCACUCCAGUAAACCCUAUCAGGUGGUGAUUGAAGGGUUGGUGGAGAGGAAGAGCUGGGGUGAUAUCGCUGUGGACGAUAUCAAGAUCCUGGACAAUCUGAACAUGGCUGACUGCAAGGAUCCUGAUGUUCCUACAGAGCCCAUGCUGCCUGAAGACAGAUUCAAUGAGAUCAUUGUGGACAUCACAGACUUCCCUGAGAUCGUGGAGAACAAUGAGAUCCUGAACGGUGUCAGUGGCGGUGCAGGUAACAUGCUCAAGACACUGGACCCUAUCCUCAUCACCAUCAUCGCUAUGAGCGCCCUAGGGGUCUUCCUGGGGGCCAUCUGUGGGGUCGUCCUCUACUGUGCCUGCUCACACGGCCACAUGUCCGACAGGAACUUAUCCGCUCUGGAGAACUAUAACUUUGAGCUGGUGGAUGGAGUCAAGCUAAAGAAGGACAAACUCAAUUCACAGAACUCAUACACAGAGGCGUGAAUAGGAAGGGGGAAGUGAGACGUGCGUGUGGGGAGUGCACAAGACUGUAGGCAUAGCCAAGACUCAAUAAGUUGCCGGGCCUAAAGGGACUGCCGGAAGCCUCUCAUUGGAGGAGGCCCAGGUUCAGGAACCAAUGGGAGGUUGUGACUGAUCCAUUGCUUUUCUCAGGAGCUGCAGUAACAGGAACCUACCAGUAGGGGACACUGUGUACAAAAUUAAAUACAGGAGAAAAAAUCUGUACAGAUGAUUAGAUGAUUAUUUUAAUUUUUCUAUUUGAUUUUCAUUCAUUUUUACAAUCGGAUGCUGGUGUUGAGACCAAUUUAAUGAUUAUAAUGUUUAAAGUAUUUAUCAUUUUCUGGGAGGAAGAAACCAUUUUGUUAUUAUUAUUUUAAAUCAAAGUUGUUAUUUUUGUGUUGAAAGAGAAGUAUCAAAAUCCAAAAUGAACCUUAACUGACAAUGUUGUUGGUUGUACUGCCACAUGGGGGGAUAGAAGCAGGGCGUGCCCCCCCUUAUGACCCCUGCCCUCUGCCUCUGUCUACAGGUGCGGAUCAGAGGUUAAGGGUAACGGUCACGCCCCUUGGCAGUAGAUGGUUCUGACAGUGCCUUUAAUACAUCUUAGUUGGCGUUUUUUCCUCCAUUAAGUUCUGACAACGUUAUGAUAAUGAUCUGAAAACUAAAGCAGAGGCUUUCAAUGAGCUAAUAAUCAAGUCUGCAAAACAUGAUCCAAUCCAAUCCCUCCAUGGCGCUUUUCUCUCUCUGUCCCAGACACACAUAAUAUUGUAUAUAAGUUUUAAUAUAUUUUAAUGCCCUUUUUUAAGAAAGUAAAAGGUCAAAAAAAAAGCUGCAGUAUCCCUUUUUUCAAUGGGUUGUGUGUUGUAAAUACAAUCGUUUGACUGUUGUUGUGAAGAGUGAAGUGUUGUGUUUUUUUUGUUUCAUUUCGUUGCUCUCCAGAAGAGAGAGCAGACUCUGUGUGCUGUGUGAAGAUAGACCGCUGUUAUGACAAUUCAGUGCACACUCAGAGAACACUUGCUUGUUCAGUCUGACUGAGCAGUCAAUGGCAUCUACGUUUUCUAGAUGCAAUCCACUUCAUGACACCAUGGAGGGGACAACGAAGAAGUUGUCCCCUCAUAAACACAAAUGAAAAAAGACAAACAGUUGUAUUCAUGUUAUUAACUUCAAUACACAAAUGAACAUAUGGCAGCCACACACCCCUAUCCUCCUCCCCUCACACAGGGUCUGUCCUCUAUUCUCAUAUCAACAGCAGCAGUAGAGGAAGAUAUAUGGAAUGUCUGUCUGCCAGCAUACCAAAAAACAACCAUUGCUUUUGCUUUGCUUUAGCUACAUGAGUUGACCAGUGGAGUUGACCGCCUCCAGUUCCAUAGGUAUGGGGUAGCAGGUAGUCUAGCGGGUUAGAGUGUUGGGACAGCGAACCGAAAGGUUGCUUGUUUGAAUCCCUGAGCUGGCAAGGUGGAAAAAUCUGCUGUUCUGCCCUUGAGCAAGGCGGUUUACCCCCAAAACAACUGUGUGCCGUGGAUGUCGAUUAAGGCAGCCCCCUUCAGAGGGCUUUAAUGCGCAAGACACAUUUCGGUUGAAUGCAUUCAGUUGUGCAACUGACUAGGUAUCUCCUUUCCCAGGCAUCUGUGGAUUGUCCUACAAAAAAAAAACAUUGCGACUUAGAAUGCACUUUGUCAUUCGACGUCUAAAUCCUCUCUAGCGUGAUUUAGGCUGAGGGGGGCUUACUGAAGAAUGGCUUUCACAGCUGACGUUCACACAGCAGGCAAGAUUUUCAUAAUCAUGAUCAUAGGUUUGUAUUGUGUUGUCACAUAUUGGACACACUACGGCCUAGGUUUACGUCUAUAAAACGUGUAGCAGCCAAACGUUGUGAUGUCAGGGCUGAUGUCAUAAGGGAAGGACGCUGGUACAGAGCUAAGCGGUCGAGUGAUGUCGUCAUGCAUGGCGAAUCAGGUCACUCGCCCUGUUGUCUUUACCAAAGGAUGAUUGGAUACCUCUUCUACUUGGGGAGGGGUUUGUGAUCAGCACACUACUACUGGACGGUCCGCAGCAUUUCAACCACCUCCACACCUUUUUCAAUGAACGUUCACAGGAAAUUGACCUCUUGCGUUGCACUGACUGGAAUGGACUCCCGGCAAUUUCAAAAAGGGGAAGGUGGGUUGACUAUAGAAACUGCAAUGUUUGAUGGUUCAUUUUUAUACAUGUUUUUCAGCUGAAGUUGCAUAUCUUGCGUCAAUGUGAACUCUGAAAUCUCUUGAGACCUACCGAUGGAUUUAGCAAUGCUCCAAAAGAGUUUUGGAUGGGGAAGUAAAGGUGUAAGGAGGACUUGACCAUUGGAAAGGCCCAUUGGAUUUUCUACACCACAACAAUCAGAGACAUAAUGAUGUUGAACAGGAGGACAUCUGCUAUAUCCGUGUACUAUGUCGUGUGCCGUGGUGAACACAUGCUCAGCUUGGCUUUUGUUCAUUUCAGGUUUGAUGUCCCACUUUGCAAUGCUUAAUGUUUUGUGCAUUCAGCGUUGAGGACAGUAUCCUCAGUCUGGUAACUAGAGAAAAGGAUACUGUAGUGUGGAAACUAAAAAGAAACAAUGUUGCACUGAUAAAUAUAUUUAAGAAGUUUGUGUUUAUAGCAUUCAUUUGUAAAGAAAAUCUAAAACUGAAAAAAACUGUGUUCAUUUUCUUUCUUCUUUUUUAUAGUUUCAGAUUGUGAUAUAAUUCAGAAAUGUACAAAUUGAGAUGUUUUCAUUAUUGAAAAAGGAACAAAAUUCCUAUAGUUAUGUCCCCAUUUACCUGGAUUAUUAGCGCUUCGUUUUGUACUGUCAUUCAAAUUUUGUGCACAUUUUUUUUACAAAAAAAAAAAUACUUUUAUUUUCAAUACUGCUUCUGUAAUUUGCUGUUGUAGGAAAAGAUUAAUAAACAGCAAGCCUUAAAAAAACUGGGCGGAACAUU